CCAGAAUAGCCUCUCUUUACCUGGGACAAUGUGAACCACAUUCCAAUGCCAUGAGGCCUGUGCAGUCGUUGAGCUGCUCCCUGUGCUCCCGCACUUCCUGGUGUGACCUUAAUAUAAACCUCCAUCUUUUCUGCUAACAAGGGCAGCUCUCCCUUGUUUCCUGGAAGAUCCUCCUAUUCUGUUUUGAUAGCUGAUAUCUUCAUCCUACCACUAAAUCUCUAUGUAAGGAAACAAUAUUCGAAAAGAGACACAGUUUUUCCAUUUGCCAGAAUGCCUUUGAAUUCUUGCAGUUCAUGACUCUUAGGAAACAUACUGGAACUGUCAUAAAAAUCAGUAAACAUCUCAUUCCAACAUCCUGCUUUUCUCCUCCCUGACAGCCCCUCAGCCAGUUCAUUCAGUGAAGAUAGCAUUAAAAAAAAUCUUAGCAGGUUUCUCCACUUCUGGCCCCUUCAGAACUUUCUCACUCAGAAAAGGAGAAAGCCGAUUGUAGCUUCAAAAGGGUGCGGGAAAACAAUGCCACAAGCAGGUACUGUCUACAGCGGAAACGGUGGCUUUAAAAGUAGUGAGCUUUCCUUAUGAAGGGAAAAUCAAGAUGCUGCAUGGCUGCCUAGAAGCGGCCACCGAGAGGAUAGCUGCCUGAAGUGUCUCCCAAUUCAGAGAUUAAGAGAGUAAUGAUGCGGGUAUGCUGGUUGGUGAGACAGGACAACCGGCACCAGCGAAUCAAACUUCCACAUUUGGAAACAGUCAUGGUUGGGCGCAGCCCAGAGACCAAGAUCGCCGACAAGAAGUGUUCUCGACAGCAAGUACAGUUGAAAGCAGAGUGUAACAAAGGAUAUGUCAAGGUAAAGCAGGUAGGGGUCAAUCCCACCAGCAUUGACUCAGUCAUAAUUGGGAAGGACCAGGAGGUGAAGCUGCAGCCUGGCCAGGUCCUCUACCUGGUGAAUGAACUUUAUCCGUAUAUUAUAGAGUUUGAGGAAGAGACAAAGAGCCCUGGCCUGGAGACACACAGGAAGAGAAAGAGGUCAGGCAGUAGCGAUCCUACAGAAAGGGGUGCUGCCCCAGAAGCUGAGCCCAGCACAGGACUGGAACCUGGUAGCAACCCUUGCCAGCGCUCUGUGCCUCCAAAGAAGGAGAAAGAUGCAUCCACCAAAAAGGAAUCCUUGGGCCACUGGAGUCAAGGCUUGAAGAUUUCUAUGGAGGACCCCAAAAUGCAGGUUUACAAAGAUGAACAGGUGGUGGUGAUAAAGGAUAAAUACCCCAAGGCUCGUUUCCACUGGCUGGUCUUACCUUGGGCCUCCAUUUCCAGUCUGAAGGCUGUGACCAGAGAACAUCUUGAGCUCCUCAGACACAUGCACGCUGUUGGGGAAAAAGUGAUUGCUGACUUCGCUGGGUCCAGCAAACUCCGCUUCCGAUUGGGCUACCAUGCCAUUCCCAGCAUGAGCCAUGUACACCUCCAUGUGAUCAGCCAGGAUUUUGAUUCUCCUUGCCUUAAAAACAAAAAGCACUGGAAUUCUUUCAAUACUGAAUACUUCCUUGAAUCACAAGCUGUGAUUGAGAUGGUGCAAGAGGCUGGCAGAGUGGCCGUCCGAGACGGGAUGCCCGAGCUCCUGAAGCUGCCCCUCCGUUGUCACGAGUGCCAGCAACUGCUGCCUUCCAUCCCUCAGCUGAAGGAGCACCUCAGGAAGCACUGGUCCAAGUGAUUCUGCGGAGCCUAACCUUCUGCAGCACGUGUACCUGAUUGUUUAGAGCAAAUUCCUGGCACCUGUUCUGGGUUGCAUGUGAACUUUGAUUUCUUGAAUUAAAACAUGCGUUUUUUUCUUUUUUUUACAAA